CCCUAGCCAGCGCGGCGAAAUCCAGAACGCAAAGUUAUACGUGGAUCAAGACGGCCGGGUGAGUCUGCCUGUGCUUUCCUUCCCAACUACUGGCUGUCUGCUUCAGUCUGCCGUCUACCGGAGCAAUAGACAACCGCCAUUCAAACGUCGCAGCAAAGCUAAACAUAACAACCUGUUCCUUUCGGAACAUACAGCUCUACAUCACGAAAAAAACCGCCGAAUGCGAUGUCUCCAUUCAAUGGGGGGUUUUAUACCCAUCCAGAUUUCCCGACCGACAAUACCUCCGGGCUGGUGACUAUCACAGGCGAACAACCACCCACUUUACGGUGGGUGUUUCUCGACGCGCAAACCCACGAAGUGCGCUGGGGUAGUCGACCCGACAGUGAAGGCCACGUCUGUGGGCCCUUUGACUGGACCAAGGAUAAACAGCGAUUGACGCUGGAUGGGUGGGAGGGCUGGCUGGCGGUGCGAUUGCCGGACGAUGAGGCCGGAACCGGGCUUUGGCGGCUGUACUUCGACCUGAACGAUGACGGAGCAGACCUGCCAGUUGGAGCGCAGGGAUUGGAAAUUGUACUAAGGCGGGUAGCGGCGGAAGCUUGAGGGUUUGAUUGUUCUGUGUUCAUGAAUAGAUCAUUGUAGAUAGAGUAGGCUAGAAUAGAGGGUGUCAAGAUGACGAACUGCGCGGAAGGUGGAGUAGUGGAGCGGCUGGUGGAGUGGACAGCAGCAUGAUGUUGGAUCUG